AUGUUCGCGACAGAUCCUGGGAGUGAUGGACCCGGGAUCAAAACCGAAGUCAUUCAAUUCGCUGAUGCCGCAGGCUCCCUUCCGGAACUGUUCCAGGACUCGAGUGAGUUUUGGAAUUUAAGAGGGAUGAAACUAUUCAAAGCCCGUCGACGAACUCCGGAGCCCCUGGACAAUGGGCUCCGGGUUCUCGACCACUCACGCUUUAUCGCCGAUGCCCUUCGACGCGACCUUCGACUGCCCAAGAAGCCAGAGGCUUUCGAAGUUCCGAUCAUUUAUGGAAACCCAAAUCCCACAUCUCAGUUCCUGGAUAUCAGCCAGGUUGGACCCAUCUCAGUCACUGUUAAGCAAAACAUCCCAUCAUCUCUUGCACGACUUGACCUCGACUCUUCUCUUGCAGAGAGACGUCUUCAGUUUCACUAUGGGAACGACGCAUAUCAAUGCAUGCGUUCUCAGCACACAAGUUGGCAGAUUGUCGAGUAA